AUGAUGUCCGCCGAUGGAGUGUAUGAGAGACCCAUUGAAAAUACCCCCAAACGUCGAUCCCAUGGGCCCUGGCUUGUUGAACAUUUCAGCAAGGUGAGUGAUUCGGCACAGGAAGAAAACGCAGAGGAACCGCAGUGCUCUAAAAGAAAUAUAGUAAAGAUUGAGAAAGAAAAUCGUCGUACCGAUGAGUACCUCGCAAGCAGAUUGAAAACUGAUAAGACUUCUUCUCCUAUACACAACAACUACUCGACGCUCGAUAAAUCAGCGAAUCGCCCCAGCCAUGUAGUUGAAACGGACGAAGAUGGGAUCGAGAAAGAAAAUCGUCGUACCGAUGAGUAUUUCGCAAGCAGAUUGAAAACUGAUAAGACUUCUUCUCCUGUACACAACGACUACUCGACGCUCGAUAAAUCAGCGAAUCGCCCCAGCCAUAUAGUUGAAACGGACGAAGAUGGGUAUGCUAUACCAUCAGCUGAAAGGAGAAGUGGACAAUUAACUCCUCUUGGUCAAGAAUUUGAACCGCCUACCUUCAAGACGCCUCCAAACGCAAACAGUCCAGACGAGCUGUUUUUCACUCCAAUGACGCAUCCGAGACCAAAUGAGCGCAAGGAGAGGCGCACCACAAAGUUGGGUCCUUCUUGUCUCCUCGGCAACCCAAGUAUUCCUCCAUUCAGUGAUGAUCGGCAAACAUUGGAUCCUGCUCAACUGGAUAAACUGUGUGGUGGAGAUGUUGUUUGCGAUGCGCCUUUGCGACAUUCACUCCCUGCAACUACCUCUAGAAAAACUCCUGGAUCAUCUAGUACUUUCGUUUUCGGUGAUGGUGGGGAGGAUAAUCAUGGAGCUUAUGCUGUAUCUCCAGUGAGCUGCGAAAAAGCGAGCGUACACCGGCAACGGCAUGAUAUCUCUUUGCCGAAAGUCUUGGGAGCCAGCAUGGCAGCUGAGUUAGCCUAUGCGGAAAAAGCCGAACAGGUUAGAACACAUUUGGAUGCUACGCGUCAGCUUGCAAUGAUGGCUGGUCGAGAAGUGGACCAACAAUUUGUGCAGAGAGAUAGCGGUGAUGACAUUGACAGGAUACUGGACUCAAUAUCGCUAAGGGACGAAUCACUUAGAAGCACAGAGGAGAAUGAGACGAUGGACCAGAGGUGCACGAGGUAAAA